CUGCUCAUAUCAUUCCUCCAGCAGCACUCAGAGUUACACAUCCAGACUGAAGUUCUGCCUUACAGCUGGAGAUUAUGUUCAGUGGACCUUUAAAGGAGGAGCCCAUUCAUGACCUCUCAGACUGUGGUGUGGAGCAGAGGAGAACAAAAUACAUCUGAUCCAAACUGUAGCCCACUAGCGUGCUGAAGAUCGUGCUCUUUUAAACGGGACGGGGAACAGAGAGAGCGAGAGAGAGAGAGAUCAUGGCUGGAUGUUGCAUGUCUGCGGAGGAGAAGGAACGGCAGAGGAUAAAUCAGGAGAUAGAAAAACAACUGAGGAAAGACAAGAAAGACUCGCGUAGAGAACUCAAACUACUGCUGCUGGGCACAGGUGAGAGUGGCAAGAGUACGUUCAUUAAACAGAUGAGGAUCAUUCAUGGCUCGGGUUAUACUGAUGAAGAUAAGAAGGACUUCAUUAAGCUUGUCCACCAGAACACGAUCAGUGCCAUGCAGUCCAUGGUCAGAGCUAUGGACAUGCUCAAGAUCGCCUACGCUAACUCAGAUAACAAGGCUAAUGGUACACUGGUGAAUGAUACUGAGGUGGAUAAGAUCAUGAGUUUGGAUGAGGCGCAGGUCAACGCCAUCCGGAGUCUAUGGAACGACGCUGGGAUUCAGGAAUGCUACGACCGCCGCCGAGAGUACCAGCUAACUGACUCGGCCAAAUACUACCUGAGUGAUCUGGAUCGGAUUUCGGACGCCGCGUACGUCCCCACAGAGCAGGACAUUCUGAGAGUCAGGGUUCCCACCACAGGUAUCAUCGAGUAUCCCUUCGACCUGGAGAACGUCAUCUUCAGGAUGGUGGACGUGGGGGGUCAGCGAUCCGAGCGCAGGAAGUGGAUCCACUGCUUUGAGAACGUCACCUCCAUCAUCUUCCUGGUGGCUCUGAGCGAGUACGACCAGGUCCUGGCUGAAUGUGACAAUGAGAAUCGCAUGGAGGAGAGUAAAGCUUUGUUUAAAACCAUCAUCACAUAUCCUUGGUUCCAGCAGUCGUCUGUGAUUCUCUUUCUUAAUAAGACAGACAUCCUGAAGGAGAAGAUCGUGUACUCUCACGUGGCCACCUACUUCCCAGAAUUCACAGGCCCCCAAAAUGACCCAAAGGCAGCCCAGGAGUUUAUUCUUAAGAUGUACCAGGAGCAAAACGAAGACAAGGACAAAUCCAUCUACUCUCACUUCACUUGUGCCACCGACACGGAGAACAUCCGCUUGAUCUUCGCAGCUGUGAAAGACACCAUCCUCAGACACAACCUCAAAGAGUUCAACCUGGUUUAAACUCAACAGCUAGGAGGACGAACCUGGUCCUGCUCUCUUCUGUUGAUCUGUUGAGUAGAUUUAGCUCUCACGUUAGCUUUAAGAUGUCCUCUUGUUGGCUAAGGACUUAUAUAAGGAAGUAUGUAGGAGAAUCGCCUAGUGGAGUAGAUGUGGCCUGGGUUCAUACCAUUACAAGGUUGAACCUUCUUUUCAGUCGCGUUUAGGUCCUCUAAUAGAUGGAUAGGUUUCAACGACAACAGAUGUUGUUCUUUUUAAGAGUAGAGUUUACAAAGGAUGCUACUUAGGGGAUUUUAAGGCACUAAUGUAAAAAUGUUUUCCUGAUGUAAUAGAUCAAAGUCUUGAAGACUCCUUGAAGCAUUUAAAAGCAAAAAGAUGGAGAAGUUUACAUGUUAAUAUAAUGUAGUUUUAACACAAGAUUAUACAUUUGUAGAAAAAAAAUACAUUUAAUUCAGAUAUUUUUUAUUUUAUUAUUAUGUAAAAAUAAAAAUAAAAAGGUUUACUAGCUAUUUUAAACAGUGGUGUUUUGGUGUCAAACUGAUAUUUAUCAAUUUAAACAUGCGUAUUCCAAACAAAUCUCACAGAAAAUUCAGUCACAGGGCAACUUUAGACAUUUUACGCAGCCACUGAAUUCGGUUUCAUUAUUUGACCUCAGUCUGAAGUAAGUUCAAGCUGUAGUGAAUAUCUGAAGUGCCUUUAAACUGUAAUGUC